AUGACGUACCCGUCUUUGAUUAGGAAGAGGAGAGUGGUAUCCGACUCCGGGUUUUCGUUUGGGUCGCACUUAAGAGUAGGAGAAGGGAACGAUGCCGAUGUCGAUGAGGACGCCGGAUACUAUCUUGAAGAAGAUGAUCGUGCGGAGGAGGAGGAACUGCGCGGCGACACGGUGGAGCAUGAAAUCGACCAAGAUAACAUCGGAAUCACCCCCGCGGCGAGGCCGGUCGUCGAGAGGCUUCCGAUCGUGGUCUUGUCGGACGAGGACGCGGCUAAAAGAAACACCUUCUGCGCGGUCUGCAAGGAUGGAAUCGCGUCGGCGGAGGUCGCAAGGCGGUUGCCGUGCUCGCACAUCUACCAUGCGGGCUGCAUCCUGCCGUGGCUCGGGAUUAGGAACACGUGCCCGGUGUGCCGCCACGAGCUCCCUACCCACGACGACGAUCUAAUCUCUCGCUAGGUAUGAUCUCGAAAACCAGAACUCAGCUCUCCGUUCUGUAGGGCGGCAUGUUAUCGAGGUUUUGAGAUAAAAAUCGAAGCUUUGGUCGCUCAGAUGAUGCGUGUCAACGGAUGCCUGUAAAAGUGUCGUCAGCUCCUCUCAUGCCCAAACGGUGUUUGUCAAAAUGUCGCUUCGUCUUGUAAAGCUCAUCAUGCAUCCAUAGACAACAAACAAUGUGUUGCUAUGCAUAUUCGAAGACCAUUUGUGGCAA